CUCUGGUGUCCUGCGGAAAGCACUCCGGGCAGGGCGCGUGGAGCGGAGGCCGUACGGACCGAGAGUUCGUCGUGGUGCAGGUUGGCCUUCCCUCAGGUCCGGUAGCUGGGGCCAGACACCGGACAGGCCCAGCGAAGGUCUUACUGCGGUCGAACGCUGCGUGUGGCGUUCCUGUGGGGAAAGACUCGAAAGUGUACCUAUGAUAACGCUUUAGAAACAGUAUACUUUGGUUCAAAGAAAAAAAUGGCUCUCAGUCCAUCUGUAGUUCCUCAAGAAAGUGAAGAAAACAAUGCAAACUGUGUAGAAACGAAACAGUCACAAACUGCUUCCACUGUAUCAGAGGACCCCCUUCAACACUUAUGCUUAGCGUCUCAGGAAGUGCUUCAUAAGGCUCAGCAAAGUGGGAGGUCGCGGUGUAUUCAAUGUGGUGGCUCAAGGAUGUUCUACUGCUACACAUGCUGUGUCCCGGUGGAAAAUGUGCCCACUGAGCAGAUCCCGUUUGUGCAGCUUCCACUGAAGAUUGAUAUCAUUAAGCAUCCGAAUGAAACAGACGGCAAAAGCACGGCUGUGCACGCAAAGCUCUUGGCGCCAGACUCUGUGAACAUUUACACGUAUCCCUGCAUUCCGGAGUAUGAAGGGCAGGACCACGAGGUUGUACUUGUUUUUCCUGGGCCUCAGUCUAUCUCAAUAAAAGAUGUCUCUUUCCAUCUACAAAAAAGGAUCGAAAGUAAAAGUGGAGACAAAGCUGACGACCUGGAUAUGCCACCUCGUAAGCUUGUGAGGACUGAGGCACAGGAAGGCUGGGAUUUGAAUGAGAGCAUGGGCAAAGGCCCAGAGCUGAAAAGAGUUGUCUUCAUUGACAGCACCUGGAAUCAGACAAACCAGAUCGCCUCUGAUGAGCGGCUUCGGGAGUUAUUACAAGUUGAACUGAAAACAAGAAAAACUUGCUUUUGGCGCCAUCAAAAAGGGAAGCCAGAUACUUUCCUUUCCACAAUUGAAGCCAUUUAUUACUUCCUGGUGGACUACCAUAGAGCCGUGCAGAAGGAGGAGUACAGAGGACAAUAUGACAACCUUUUGUUCUUCUACUCCUUUAUGUACCGCUUGAUAAAGGAGGCCAGACGCUCUGGAGAGAAGGCCAAACAGAAACCCAUCCAUUAGUUCUGCAAACCCUCUUGACCUGAGCUCUGCAGUGCUCACUAGCGUGCAGCCAAGCCUUGUUUCCCCUGGGGUAAUAACCAUGCGUGAUGCCCAGGAGAGGACCCCGGGGAGAGUCCAGCCUUGUUCAUUUUAUUGUAUUUUUUUAAUGGGAAAUUUGAAUUUGGGCAUUUUUAAGAGAUGAUCCUGAUGAAAAGACAGAUCAGAAGCUAUUUGCUCAUUUUGGGCAUAUCUCAUUAUAUGAGGCAUUUAAUAUGCUGUGCUACGUUUAUGUGAUGUAAUUAUAUGUGAUUAAAGAGUGUCAUAU